GGUGCCUAAUAUCGAUUUUAUUGUAUAAUUAUUGGGCUUCGUUCGGCUCCUCUCUGCUGGUUCCGGAAACCUAGAAAUUAAAAAUAAACCUAGUUGUUUGGGUAGAGAUCACAGAUUCGUGAAGUAUUUGUGCGCUCUAUCAACAUGAUCUGGUGCUCCUGAGCAGAAAUUCGAUAAAAAAUUGUGUGGAAGAUAGCUUUGCACGGCAGGAAGCUCCAGCGACAUCGGUCAUCAGGGAUCUGCACCCGAAGGUCUCAGGUGUUACCCAGAUCGCAGCCAUGCUCAGGCUAAUGAGCCUGAGCAUUACUCUCUUCGCGAUCCUAGGCCUCGGCGGAGUAGCCAAUGCCUCUCUCUUCAACUUCACAGAAGCAUCAGGCUGGCGUCAAGGCUGGGGCCCCACACCAUCUGUCCAGGCCAGCAGGAACCUGCAGCUGCUGCUCCAAAAUCAGAACAGCUCAAAUUUGCUGGGGGCCAUUCUGCUGAACUCCGUGAGCAACAACCAGAGCUAUGCAGUGGCAGAAGCAGUUAGAUUUGCACUGCUCCCAGACAGCAGCGGUGGCCCUAAAGAUACCUCACGCACCCCUGGCUAUGACACUCUGGCGGCCAACAUAGGCGCUGCCACUGCCUAUGCCAUGCACUACGCUGCUCAGCAGGAAUUUGGGGGCCUGCCAGGGUCCCCCCAGCCUCCCAGCACAGGAGGAACCAUCCUGCAGUCGGACCAUGAUGCCUCAAUUUUGGUGAAGCCAAAUGCAAGUGACAUCUUCUUCGCAGUAGCGGCCGGCGCCGUCGGGGCUGUUUCCAGCAGUUGCGAUGGGAAUUGGAGGUGCCACACAAGCGACUGCAACACACCCCUGGCAGUCAUGAACAAGCGGGUGUACAUCUGCUGCGGGGUUGUUGCACCGUUAAUGAGGGGCGUUGACAGGCGCGCAUCUGUUAUUCCCCUGGUAUCGCAGCUGGCGCUCCUUGGGGAGUCAACCCUUCUGGGAGAUGCGUUGUCACCUGCCGCAAUGGCAGAAGACCUGUACAACCUCGCCUUCCUUGAAAGGUGCCUCUGGUUCCCCUAUGACGCCCGCAUCAAACAGGCCCCUGCAAACUGCAACGCCAACAGCUCUGCCAAUUACAUGGGGAAGGUUGUGCGGAUAGACAUUAACUCGCACACCCCUGGAGCAAAUUAG